UAUAAUUAUUAAUAAAUGGAGUACUAUUCACAUCCAACUCAGGACCAACCGAUCUUGAAGAAUUCAUUCUUGCCAAGAGUAGCUAAUUUCGUGGCCAUUGCAGUCCAGGGAUACUUGGCUUAUAACUACUAUCACUUGUCAGGAAUUUUCAACACUAAUUUCUUGGCUGCUCAUGCUCUUGUGAUGUUUUGGAGCAUAGCCUAUCACGUAUUGCCUUUCCUCACCCAUAAUAUCUGUUUUAGAUCUCUUGCUAGGAUGUUUGCCUACAUUAUUCUCUUCAUAGCUUUUGCAUUCUUGUACUUAUUUGCCGUGACUGAGCACCAAUGGGGUCCAGAGGUAUACUAUGCUCUACUUGUCUACUUCUUAGGACCAGCUGCAUUCCUUUCCAUGACAUUGAUCUGGGUAAUGAACAGCGACACCAGACAGCCAAUCGAUGACUCCUUGCAGAUGCCUUAUAACCCUGAAGUCAUGAUCGAGGCUCCUAAAAAGAUGCCUAAGCACCAAGUUUAUGCUAUGAUCUAA